AUUUUAUUUUAUUAUAAAAUAAACGAAGAGUGAUUUCUACAAAUCUUUUCCGGUGGGGUUGGAAAGGAGAGAAACAAUAACACCUGUUACUCAUUUUUCAUCCUAACAAAAGGGAAAACCCCACCCUCCUGGCAUAUAUCGCCUCCUCCUUCUCCCAAAAUAAUAUCAAAAUCUCUUCUUCUCCAAAGCAAUAAUUUUUACUCGUACAAAUUGAAUCUAUAGCCAUUAUCAAUCUCACAACCCCAUUUGUUAAUAAUGGGGUUUUCAUAUACCCACCUGGUAAAAAUCGAUUCUUUCACUCUUCCAAAUUAUUUGGUGACAUAAAAUCUAACUUUUUCCUUAUGUUCUGAAGUUUUACGUUGAAAAGAGGAAAAAGGUUUUUCUUUUCUUUUCUUUUCUUUUGUCUUUGGUUGGGGAAGUUUUUAUUUUAGAUUGAUGGGCAGAAGGGAAAUGCAAGUGUUGGAAUGUAAAAGAGAUGGGAGUUUGUCGAUUUCUCAUUGGGGGAAUCUCCAAGACUCAAACUUUAUUCCUGGUGGAUUGUUUGCGUCAGUUGGUCAGAUGGGUUUUGGUGUUUCAUCACCUAAUCCUUCUGAUUCCCGGGAUGAAAAUGGUGGAUUCAAGAUACCCUAUUUUGAUUUGUAUAUGAAAUAUUUAUCAUUUCCCGAUGGCUUUAAGAUUUUAGGCAAUGGAGAGGAACAAGGGAUUGUCAAGAAGGAAAAGAAGAAAGGUGGGCUAAAGAUUAAGCUUAAGGUUUCAAAUCCUUCAUUAAGGAGGUUAAUAAGUGGUGCAAUCGCCGGGGCGGUAUCUAGAACUGCUGUAGCUCCAUUGGAGACUAUACGGACACAUUUGAUGGUUGGAAGUAGUGGUCAUUCUAGUACUGAGGUGUUCAAUAAUAUCAUGAAGACUGAAGGAUGGAUUGGAUUGUUUAGGGGUAACUUUGUUAAUGUCAUUCGAGUUGCCCCUAGCAAAGCUGUAGAGCUUUUUGCAUAUGAUACUGUUAAUAAGAACUUGUCAUCUAAACCCGGUGAGCAACCCAAAAUUCCAAUUCCUGCCUCAUUAGUUGCAGGAGCCUGUGCUGGAGUCAGCUCUACCUUACUGACAUAUCCACUUGAGCUAGUCAAGACUCGGUUGACAAUACAGAGAGGAGUUUAUGAUGGUUUAUUUGAUGCAUUUGUAAAGAUAUUGAAAGAGGGUGGGCCUGGUGAGCUCUAUAGAGGCCUCACUCCUAGUCUUAUAGGAGUCAUUCCCUAUGCCGCCACAAACUACUUUGCAUAUGAUACACUGCGGAAAGCCUACAGAAAGAUUUUUAAAGAAGAGAAGAUUGGAAACAUAGAGACUCUUCUGAUUGGAUCAGCAGCUGGUGCUAUAUCUAGCACUGCAACCUUUCCUCUAGAGGUGGCUCGUAAGCACAUGCAGGUGGGUGCUGUUAGUGGAAGGAUAGUUUACAAGAAUGUAAUUCAUGCUCUUGCGAGUAUACUCGAACAGGAGGGAAUUCAGGGGUUGUAUAAAGGGCUUGGUCCCAGCUGCAUGAAGUUGGUUCCUGCAGCAGGAAUAUCUUUCAUGUGUUAUGAAGCAUGCAAGAGGAUAUUGAUAGAGGCAGAAAAUGAAGAGUAAAGGAGCUCCUUCGGAAAUAUGCUUUAUGCAUUAGCGUCAUAGAGAAAUUCAAGAAUAGGCAAAGGGUAGGGAAAAUCUCUUUAUAUAAUUGAGUUAAAUUAUCUUGCUCCUUUUUCCUGACGCUGGAAAUUUUGUUUUGGAUUGAGCCUGUUUUGUCGGGUGAGAAUUGAUAAAAAUCUCAAGAACAAUGAUUGAUGCUGGUUUUGGUCUCUUUGUUCACUACUGAAUCAAGGUAAUGAAAUCCAGUUUGAUGGUAAGACGCUGCCAUUGCCAUUUGACAGAUAACCUUCAGCUUUUCGAUUGUCAAAGCUAUUUCAGCCAAGAAUAUAUUAAUGGCGAGGAUGAUUGCUUGCUCUGCUACUUUCCAGAUGUUCGAUGUAUUACUAAGCUUGUUCGAUGUUUGCUAGCAAUCUUUUGGUCCUGUCAGAUUUGUAUGGAAUCAGAAAAAUACGGACAACUUUUGAUGUUAAACAAACUAAAAGUUAUUUUGUUGA